GUUUUUUUUUAUUUUAAACGCUGUUGUGGGAAAAUGACAAUUGAUAGAAAAAAUAUUGGAAGUGAAAUCCUUAAUAUUGUAACUCUGGCUAUAGAGAUUUAAUAAAAUAUUGAUAUGACGCUUUGGGUAAUAAGGAAAGAGGAACUAAACCGAACAAACUUCGAUUUAGCAAUGAGAGUUAUUAUAGGUCUUAUGUAUAUACUUAUAUCUUCGUAGAGGAUGAUCCAAAGGGUGUAAGCUGAGUCACGACGGUUUCAAGCACAGCCACAACUAUAGAUAACUGCCACAUGUGGCGCACUCAAGCGCUAACUGCUUAGAUGGAAAUUUCCAAAUCCACGCGACGACCUCACAUCUUUUCGACGACGAGGAAUUCCACUCCAGGAGCCCAUGAUGACCACGAUACGAGAAGGAGCUCGCAUGGCGAGCUUAUUGGGACGGAGGCAUCUGCCUCUGAGGACAGGUUCUCUUUGUGUGCAGCGGUUCGCCUCGACCGAGGCAAAGAAGUCCUCCGCUCUCGCAGAUCUUGACAAUGCUUCGUCUUUUGCGACAGGUUCACCCGACGAAGCGGCUAUCCAGGCCUUCAAUUCUAGAGAAAAGGCUGCAGAAACGGGUAAAAAACUUCCCGGCAAUAGAUACCAAUAUCAUCCUCCCAAGUACUAUCGUGGCCCUCUACAUCCCGUCCAGGUGCCCAAGUCCUCCGAUCCGACUGCUCGAGACUUCGUCCCCGGCCCUUUCAGCUUUCCUCGACUAAAGCACACAUACGAAAGCACGAUUGCUCCAGAUCUGAUUGCCAUGACAUAUCAGCAUACCCCGCCAGGUUCAGAAGUUCCUGUUUCUAACAAGGGUAACUUGAGAGAAUGGGACGAGUCUUCGCCUUACCACAAGAACCGACCUCGCCGAGGACCUCGAGGUGGUGGCUCUUCAAGGCUGGGCUUAGUGGAGCGCCCAAUUGAAUGGCACAACGUACCUGACAUCGAGGCUAUCACUAUCAACUCAUUCGCUCCCAUGGGUGCCCAGAACAAGGAGUACCUGCACGUAUGCCGUGCUGUUAUACAAGCCAUCUCUGGUGCCUUCCCUGAGGUCACACGAGUCAAGCAUGGCGUCGUUCAGUGGGGUGUCAGAAAGGGUGACAAGACUGGUUGCAAGGUGACCCUGAAAGGUGCUCAGGCUUACGACUUCCUUGAUAAGCUCAUUACUCUAGUCCUGCCUAAGAUUAAGGACUGGCCUGGUAUUGAUGCUACUACUGGCGAUAGUGCAGGCAACCUGGCGUUCGGUCUGAAGCCCGACUGGAUGGCAUACUUCCCUGAGAUCGAGUUCAACUACGAUAUGUACCCUGCACGACUGAUGCCUGGUUGCGAUAUCUUCAUCAAGACAACCGGUACAUCAGAUAGGCAAGGCCGUCUUCUUCUGGAGGCACUCGGCCUUCCCUUCUAUGGCAAGGCUAGGCACUAAAUUACGAUAGAAGGCGUCAUUGUAAGGCGUUGGAAACAAAUGUCAUCUCUAAGUAGCUGAUAUGUAGCAUAGAUUCAUGUACCAAGACGUAUGUAUCAUAAAUGAAUACUUAAAAUUCAAGGCGAAUUGCCUA